AGUGGACACCGCGAGCGCGACCGCUGAUAAGGAAACGUCGCGCCACCGCAGCGCUAACAGUUAUUGACAUGAAAGCUGAUGAUCGUGUUGCCGUCGUCGCCGGGGAAGCAUCAGCUAUUUAUAUUUACGAAGAAGAGAAGUGGCCCUCGGGAUGAGCCACGUGACAAUGCUACGGGCAGCUGUGGCGGCCCUUUGUGUUGUCCCGUCUUCAGCUAUGAUUUCGCAGCGGUGCUUCGGGAGCACGAAGCAGCUCUCACCUCUUAGGAAGAUGAUCCAGAGUGCACCGAGCGGACGCGCUGUCUCCUCCGGCAGCUACGAGGAAGCUGUGAGGAGUUUGAACAGUUUGCAAAGUAAUGCCGCUUACAUAAAAGUUGCCAGGCAGCUUAGUCCGACGGAGAAUACUACUUUACAAGAGACAAAGAAGUACCUGAUCCGCUCGGGUCUGACGUUGGAACAACUCGACCAGCUAUCAGUGAUCCACGUCGCGGGUACAAAGGGCAAAGGUUCGACCUGUGCCUUCACCGAGGCUAUUCUCCGAGAACAUGGCUUCCGCACAGGAUUUUACAGUUCGCCUCACCUCAUCUCCGUUCGAGAGCGAUUUCGCAUCAAUGGACGGCCCAUCAACGAGCUCGAGUUCUCUCGACACUUCUGGCACGUUUUUAACAUACUCCAGCAGAAAAAAGAGACGGACAGCGAUAUGCCGCAGUACUUCAAGUUCCUAACGAUACUUAUGUUUCAUGUUUUUAUCAAGGCCAACGUCGAUGUGGCUAUUCUCGAGGUGGGUAUAGGCGGCGAGUACGACUGCACGAAUAUAAUCAAUUCGAGCGUCUGCACUGGUAUAUCGAGUCUCGGGCUGGACCACACGUCCCUUUUGGGUGACACUCUCGAGUCCAUAGCCUACCAUAAAGCAGGAAUUUUCAAACCGGGAGUACCGGCUUUCACGGUCCAGCAGCCCAACGACGCUAUGACGGUACUCCAGGCUCGAGCAGUCGAGAAGAGUUGUCCCCUUCACGUCGUACCCGAUAUCGAGUCUUAUCCUUGGAGGAAGUCUGUGCCAACUUUAGCGAGACAGCCUAAACUCGAAAAAUCUGCUUUAGGUAUUCGCAGCAGUGUUCAGAAGGACAACGCUACACUAGCUAUCCAACUGGCCUCCACCUGGAUGACUAGACACAACAGUGGACGAGUAGGAACGAGACGUUCGAGUGUCCUUGAAAGUACCGAGAACAAACUCGAGCUAGAGAGUAGUAAGUACAUCAUCGACGAGACGACGCCCUACAAGAAGACCAGCCUGUGUUUCAAUAAGGUCGCAACAGCCCUGGACCAUUGUACUUGGCCUGGUAGGACGCAGAUAUUGCUUGGAAGGACGAUCGACUUUUACAUUGACGGUGCCCACACGGACGAGAGUAUUGGCUGCUGCGUCGAGUGGUUUAAAAAUAUCAUCAAGAAUACAAAAAAAGAGAGAAGUAGAUAUCUCAUCUUCAACGCCACGGGUGACCGGGACUCAGCGAGGCUGCUGUCCCCACUGAAAGAGCUUGGAUUCAAAAAAGCCUUCUUCGUGCCGAACGUCGCCGGUGUUGUUUACACAGUGGAUCAGGAGAACUUCAAUAUGCCGGUGGCUAAUCAACUGGAGAAAGCACGGAAACACGCGGAGAUUUGGGGCGAGAAUUCAGUAUUAGCUGGCAACGUUUACGAGGCUCUCACGAUCAUCAGGAAAGAGUCCGAAGCAAGUCCUGCUAGCGUCGAACGCUGCAAACCUCAAGUAUUGACUACUGGAUCGCUUCAUCUCGUUGGGGCCCUUCUGUCUAUCAUCGAUCCGGAGUUGACUAUGUCUACCAAUUUCUGAUAUCGACUUUAGUGUUCAUUGAUGCUCGCCGUUGUGAGGCGAGAUAAAAGUGCAAUUAUCCAGAUAGUGUAUAAUCAUGUUAGAAAUGACGUCUGACCAGUGAACUCGAGUUAUGAAUGAAAGAAGAUAGUGAAUCCAUAUUUGGGGGAUGUUUGGAUGCUAUACACUCAGGAAUGCUGUAUGCAUGAUACAUCUGUUGAUUCUUCCCUAAUAUGGGACAGUGUUUUGAAACUAGUGCUUUUAUCUUACUUUUUACGAUUCGAGUAGGAAAUUAUAUCUUGUUAUGAUUGUAUUUUUUUCUUUUGAAUGAAUUCAGGAAUUCAUUUCUGAUAGAUAAAGGUUCACAUGCGUACAGAUCGAUAUUUCUUUGUAUUAGAAAGAAAUGAAAAAAUGUAAGAAAUUAUUAUUAGAUCAAAUUUUUCCAUGGCUACUGUUGCCAUAUAUCAGUCAUCCGUCGCGAUGGAAAAAAACGUGGUUCUAUAACCACAUUGUUAAUUAUUAUUGAUACUUAAGUUAAGCACACGUUGUUAUGCUUGAUAUGUUUUGAUAACACCGAAUUUUGUACCGAAUGAAAAUUUCAAAUAUAAUCGAAUUUUCAUACCAAGAA